AUGCUGCAAUUUGGAUAGUUCUUAGUCUCUCUUUAUCAUUUUAGCAAGUAAUUAUAAAAUAUUAAUCCAAAAUAGGCAAACUUUAUCAAAGAAGUUGAUUUAAAUUUCAUCAUUUACAAUGAAAUAGAUCUAAUUGACCUAAAAUUAAAUGAAAAUCCUUAGAUCAAGAUUGAUCAAUUUUAUAACAAAUUAUUGGAUUUACUUGAAAACACUCCUAACUUCUAAUUCAACAUUGACCAAAUUUACUAUUUCCAAUAGUGGUAUGACAACCAGGAGAACGCUUAAAAGCAGAGAUUUCAGAAAUUACUUAAGUCUCAGCAGAUAUAGUUCUUAAGUAGUUGGGUUAAGUAUGAUGCAUAAAUGAUAGAUUACAGAAUCUAGCAAGAUCUUAUAUAGUUAACUCAGGAUUACUUAUUUAGAGAGUUUAAUAUAUUUUCUCAUGUUACUAUUAAACCAUAUUUCUAAGCUGUUACACAGAGUGAAGCAUCUUUGCUUAGUGAUCAUGGCAUUGAUAGUAUAUUUAUUAAGAAUGUAGGCUAGUAGAAUAAAGAAAAAUUAAGCUAAAAUGGGGAGCUCUAGUUAGUUUGGGAUUUAUCUUAAAUUGCUCAAGAUAAGUAGGUAUAUAUUCAGAUUGAUUAAUUUGAAAAAUCUGAGUCUGUAUAUCAAUACCUUUUUACCAAAUGUGAAGGAAAUAAACAGAAAAUAAAUGAAGUAGAAUGCCUUGAAACUAUAAAUGAUAAGUUUGUUGUAAGUCUGAGAUAGACUUGGAAUAAACACGCCAAAAGCGACAAUCAUCAAAUAAGUGUGCCAAUACUUAUUGGCAUUGAUAUAAUGAAUGGAAACUUUGAGGAGCAAUUCAAGUUUAUCUCAAACUUACUUCAAAUAACAAAUGAGCUUUCUUAAAGUUACUUUAGUUACAAAAUAAAAUCAACCAUUUCUACUUUUGAUGAUUAUCUAGGUUCGAUCAAUACUUAAUAAGAGAUAUUCCCAGUAUUCAAGGGAGAGUUUACUCCUCAUAUUGAGUUGAAAUAAUGCGAGGAUGGAUGCCAUACAAAUACAUAUAUUACUAAAUACACAGGUCAAUAUUCAAAUGCUCCAACUCUUAAAGAGAAUAUCUUGAAAUUAUACAAUUAUAACAACUAAUAGCAGAUUUAUUUAAGUUUAUUUGCAAUUUUAGCCCUAGCUAUUGGUGAUAAUAAAGGAUUGAAUGUCCUUAAUAGAAUUUAGAACAAAUUAAGUUCCGAAUUAACUUAGCUUUAUGAUUUAGAUGUUAUAAGUGGAGUUCAUUCUUACAUUUCGAAACGAAAUUUCAAUAAAAAAAUUAACUAGUUAUUCUAAGCAUAGGUAAACCAAUCUGAUUUAUUGAUUAAUGAAUUUGACAAUCUGAUAAUGAAAUACUCUUUAAACGUAGAAUAGGACAACUUGAAAGAACUUAUUUAAAAUGCUUCAGUAAGAAUACCUCAGAAAAUUAAGGGAAAUUUGCAUAUCAAGCAUGUAAGAGUACUCAAUUUGGAACUUAGUUUCUAAGCUGAGAAGAUAUACAAACUGAAACUAUCAACUAAUAAGAUUCACAUUAUUAUAGAUACAGAUCUUGAAGUAUUGUAAUUCUAGUAUCUUUCCAUUACUAGUAUGGGUACCUAAGAGAUGAAUAUUAAAGAUGAUUAACAGUAUACUUACUUCUUCUUCCUUGCUAAAAAUAUUCAUCCAUUAUCAGUUAAAUCCUACUUGCUAUUUGAAUUUGAUUCUCAAGCUGACUGUGAAUCUUCGUUGUUUGAGCUGAAACUAGACUUUUAAAGCUGCUUUUAGCCAAAUACCACUAGGAGUUUUAUACCUUUUAAAAAACUCUCUCCUGAGGACUCUACUAUAGAAAAUGAUUUUCUUAAAAUUACUAUUAACUUAAUGGGGCUGCUUAAGACAGUUCAGUCUAAGUAAAGUGGAUUAGAGUAUACGAUGACUCAAGUAUUUGCCACUUAGGAUGGAAGACUUACACAUAGUGAUCUUUAAGGUAUAAGCAGCAAAUAUUAAGCAUAAUUUAUUCAGGAAUCAAGGGUUUAAAGAAUUUCAUUUGAUAUUGGUGGCUUGUUUUAAUGUAUCAGAUUUUAUGGAGUUGUGACAAAAUUUAGAGAUAUGAUGAUUCACACUACAUAUUGCCUUCAUAAAAAAGGGCAGUAUUAGUCAAUAGUUAACUCAAAUAUAAAGACAUUUUCAGGAGGUUAGUCUGAAGUAAUUAUUAGGACGAGCCUUGAAUCUUUAUACCCAGAUGCACCUUAUAAAUUUUACCUUGAUGAUUCUAUGAGAUCAAAUAGGUAGGUUUUUAUGGAUAAAGAAUCAGCAGUUUUAAGAUAAAUGGGAGUAAAUGAUUAAUCAAUACAUAAUGAAGCAUAUAAUUCCUAUCCAUGCAAUAAAGGGUUUAUUGUUUAGGAACCCUCUUUGAAAACUAAUAUUGGGUUCACUUUCUCUCACUCAACUAGCUGUAUUCUUCAUGAUAAAAAUCAGAUUGAUCUCGUCCUCUCACGCUCAUUGUUUAACACUGAUAUUAAUUAAAAGUCUAUGCCAAGGUUUUCAGACUUAGAUAUAAGCAAUUUAGAUUAUUCUAUAAAUGUUGGAUUAACUUUAAGUGUGGAGGAGCAUGAUGACUUCUUAAACCAGUAUUAAGCUGGGAAAUAAUAAAUCUAAUAAGACUACAUGAUGUUUAUAGAAAAUUUCGACUUCGAAAAACCUCACUCUCACAUGCUUAAAGACAUAGUCCUGUUGUAGAAUUAGAGCAAAGCAUUAUCAGGAAUAAUUUUUGAUGGCAUUAGAUAUAACAGACAAGAUAUGAAGGUUGUCAUUAGACUUAAAAAUAAUGGAGUAUCAUUAAAGUAUAUAAACAAGGAAUUCUUUCAUCCACUUGAUAUUUCUGUAAAAUCAAAAUCACUUUUGAAUCAAGUAAAGAGAAUAAGAUUUAACCAUUCAAAUGAAACUGCCUUAUUUAAUGAAUUAGGCAAUGUAGAAUCAUUUGAAACUCUCUAUCAAAGCGAGCAAAAUGAAUGUGAUUAGAGUAGACAAGAUCAGAUAUGUAUAGGGUCUCUGGAUCAAAUUGAAGUAGAAAUAAAUCUAGAUUCAAAUAAUUAAUCUGCUAGCUUAGGUCUAAAAAUGUUAAGAGAGUUGCUUUAAUUAGAUGUAGCAGAAAUUAGUUAGUUUGAGCAAAUUUAAUUGAAUGCAGAUAGUUCACUAGACAAAAAGAAAAAAAAUCGAAAGAAAUUUAUUAGAGGCAACCUACCAAUAGUAGGCGAUUAAACACUGCACAGAUGCUUAAGCAUUAUUCAGAUUGGAAUCAUUUCAAUUAUUAACUUGAUAGCUAGUCUAUUCUUAACCUUUGCAAUUUUAAGAAAGCGCAGACUAAGCAGAAUUAAUGCCAUCUCCACGAUAGUUUAAUGUUAAAGUGGUUCUAAGUAGUAAUAAAAGCAUAAAUUACAAGCUGUAGAUGAGUAUCAAUAAAUUCAGAUCGCAAGACAAAAGGAAUAAAAUGGAAAGAAUAUCUGA